AGACGGAAAUUAUAUUGCUCAUCAAUUAACAAAUUCGUCUCUUUCAUUCUUUUGGAAUAAAUAAAACAACUACCGUACAACCAUACCACGAUAUCCUUACUAAUUUCGAAUAUUUUGUCCCUUGAUUAAUGCAUUAGCUUUUCGACUUUCCCCAAUUAAUUUAUCUUGUCCGUCGAGAGCAAAUCCUAAGAUUCGUUUAAUCUCUCUCCUCUUUCAAUGUCAGCUUCAAUGGCGAAAAGUGGCACCUCCAAUGUCAUCACUCAUCUUCCUUACAAGCUCAUGCUCUCCUGUCCCACUGGUCUCCCUCCUUCUCAGGUAUCAGUGGUUUUUGAUCAAGUGUAUGAUAGGAUCCCACAUCCAGACGUAAAUCUUGAGAAUUCUAUUGCUGAGAUAUGGGAUCAAAGAGCUCAACAAAAUUCAUCAUUGUAUAAUGGGAAGAAGUUCAGAUAUGGUGGACAUGCCUCGCAUGCUGGUGAUGCUGGACAGGAGGAAGAUUGUCGCGUAUUUUUGCACCUUGGUUUGACAGAUUACAGGACUUUCGUGGGAACAAACUUAAAUCCAUUAUGGGAAAAGUUUCUAGUUCAAACAGAAGAUGAAACUGUUCGCUGUCAACAUACUUCAAAUCCACUAGGCAAUGGUGGAAUUGUGGAGACUUCUGAUGCAAAGAUUCUUGUGCUGAAGCGAAGUAAUAAUGUGGGGGAAUUCCCAGGACAUUUUGUUUUCCCUGGUGGUCAUCCAGAGCCCGAAGAGGUUGGAAUUACGUCUCACAGAAAGUUGGACACUGAGUCCUUACAUAGAAGUGUUUCCUUGGAGAUGUUUGAUAGUAUUAUACGUGAAGUAGUCGAAGAAACUGGAGUACCUGCCAUAUCCUUGUCCAAGCCGGUUUUUAUUGGUAUAUCACGAAGAGAGCUGAAUGUGCGACCUACUGCUUUCUUCUUCAUGAAGUGCUCGCUUCAGUCAAAAGAAAUUGAGAAGUUGUACAGUUCUGCACAAGAUGGCUUUGAAUCCACUCAACUUUAUGCAAUUUCAAAGGAUGACUUGGAGAAUUUGGCAUGUAAGAUGCCUGGUUGCCACCAUGGAGGAUUAGCUCUCUAUAGAUUGAUGUUGGAGGCUGUGAAACAGAUUUGAGAAUAUUAUCUUAAUAUCAUAGCUGAGAUUCACUCAGCUAAAUCCAGAUUUAUUCCAAGGAAAACACUUGUAAUAUGACUGAAAACUCCUUUGAUUACUGGUUAUACACUUCCAGUCAGAUGUUUGUUUGUUGUAGACCUCGAAACUUAUACGACCUGGCGUUAUAUAUUGAGAUGUGUAGGUGCUGAAUAUUUUUGAUA